AUGCUGGGUUGUGGAUUUGUUAAGCAAGAAUUGGCAACAAGCUAUCAUUGGUUCUUUGAGAGUUUCCUUAUUGCCAUGAAUGGUCUUGCCCCGGACAAUAUUAUCACAGACCAAGAUGGUGCUAUGGCGGUCUCGAUUGGCAGAUUGUUCCCAUCCUCUGUUCACCGUAAUUGUCGCUGGCACAUAAUGCAGAACACACAGUUGAAAUGUGGCCCUACACUGGGCAGGAACCCUGGUUUAGCUGAAGAUUUCAAUGAUUGCAUCGAUUUCAGCUUUUCACCAGAGGAGUUUGAGGCAAAAUGGGCUCUGUUUGUAGGCAAGUGGCCAGUUGUUGGUGGUGCAAAUUCUUACUUUACGACUCUCUAUGCUAAUCAUGCUAAGUGGGUACCAUGCUACUUCAAGCACAGAUUGUUCCCAUUCCUGCAGUCCACGCAACGAAGUGAGUGCUUUAAUGCCAUUCUCAAACGCUAUAUGAACCCAAACAAGUCUAUACUACACUUUGUAAAACAGUAUGAGAAGUUGCAAACUCAUGUACUUGUAAAAGAAGGGGGUAAUGAUUACAUGACGGAUUGUUUGGAAAUUACUCCAUGGUCACCAUUCCCUGUUGAGGAACAUGCUUUCAAAGUUUACUGCAGAGACAUGUAUUUGAGGUUCCGGAACGAGUUUGAGCUGAUUGGGAGGUACAAUGUGUUACCAUUUGGUUGCAACUUUUACAAGCUUGAGCCAAACAGGGGAUGGUGCGCAAAAUAUGGUACUGGGACCUACCUGGUAACAACUAAUAAGGAAGAAGGGACGUACUACUGUGAGUGCUCCAAGAUGGACAGGGAUGGUAUACUUUGUUGCCACAUCUUAAAGAUCUUCACCCACCUUGGUGUUGAUGAGAUACUAGAAAGGUAUAUCCUAAAAAGGUGGACUCAAGGUGCUUUGAGUGGUUAUGUGCCAGCAACAGUUGCUGAACAGCCAGAUGUUAUGCCUCCAGAAUCACAAGUGCAAUUGCGGCACGCGAACCUUAAUAUGGGAUUCACAAAACUUGCCCGUAUUUCUAGUAGAACAGAUGCAGCUACUGCCAUUGUGAACAAACACUUGAGAGCUGCAGCAACAGAGAUAUCCCACUUGAACAAGUCGCUCAAGAAGCAGAACCCUGUCUCAACAGUCCCGUCCACUAGUGCACCUGAUCAGCCUACGAAACCUAGGGACCCGGCAAAAAAAUGA